AUGGACAAUGAUGAACCUCUUGAGCCUGAGACAAAAGAUGAACCCGAAACCAAACCCACCCCACAGAACAGUGAUGAAACCCUCUACUGUGAGGCCGAGGCCUCUGUGGCUGUGGAAAAAGAGAAGCCAGCCCGAGAGAGCUCAGAAACAGACCUGGAGAUUGAAGAUACAGAGAAGUUUUUCACCACCAGACAAAAUGAGCUAUACCUGGAAGCCUGCAGACUGAUGAGCGUGGUGCCUGUCUCCUACUUCCUCCGGAACAUGGAGGAGUCCUACAUGAAUCUCAACCACCAUGGGCUGGGCCCCAAUGGUACCAAGGCUAUUGCUAUAGCCCUAGUGUCCAACACAAGUGUUGUCACCCUGGAGCUGGCUGACAACGGUCUCAUGGAGGAAGGCAUCCUGAGCCUGCUGGAGAUGCUGCAAGAGAACUAUUACCUGCAAGAGUUGAAUGUUUCCGACAAUGACCUUGGCUUUAAGGGGGCCAAAAUCAUCUCUGAAUUUCUUCAGAGAAAUACCUCUUCACUCUGGAAUCUGCAGCUUUCAGGAAAUAACUUCAGGGAUGAAUCUGCAGAACUGUUGUGCCAAGCCCUGGCGGCCAACUACCAAAUCAAGACGCUGGAUCUCAGCCACAACCAGUUCUCUGAUAAGGGAGGAGAAUACAUGGGCCAGAUGCUGGCCCUCAAUGUAGGGCUCCAGUCACUGGAUCUGAGCUGGAAUCACUUCUACAUACGGGGAGCUGUGGCCUUGUGCAAUGGUCUCCGGGCUAAUGGAACCCUGCAGAAACUGGAUCUGUCUAUGAACGGCUUUGGGAACGAGGGGGCCACAGCCCUCGGGGAGGUCCUCAGACUCAACAGCUCCCUGGUCUACCUAGACAUCAGCAUCAAUGAUAUCAGCAAUGAGGGAAUCUCCAAAAUCAGCAAAGGACUGGAGUUCAAUGAGAGCCUCAAAGUCCUGAAGCUUUUCCUCAACCCUAUGAGUAUGGAUGGGGCUGUUUUGCUUAUCCUAUCCAUCAAGAGGAACCCCAAAUCCAAGAUGGAAGAGAUUGACAUUUCCAAUGUGCUGGUGUCUGAGCAGUUCCUAAAAAUAUUGGAUGGGGUGUGUGCCAUCCACCCCCAGCUGGACGUGGUGUACAAGGCAGUGCAAGGCCUCUCUGCCAAGAAAACUGUCCUCCUGUGGGCGAACCCCAUGAAAUUGAUUCAGAGCUAUGCCGACCAGCACAAGAUCACAGUCUUAGACUUCUUCAAGAGCCUGAGCCCUGAUGGAAAGAUGACGAUGCCUGUGGGCAACUUCCGGAAAGCCAUAAUACUGCAGGACAAGGUCCCCCUCAACCUGUACCAGGUCAGGGAGCUGGUAAAGAAGCUGAGUGACAAGCCCGACAUGGUGAACUUCAGUUUGUUGAAAACGGUGAAGCCCUAGCAACCAGUCUGGUCUGGAAAGAAGUCCUGGUGACAGAGAUGUCCUGGCAAGUCGGAUGGUGGCAGGGAGGAG